UCCCCACCUUUUUUACUUACUAGUAUGGAAUCUCUAGUUAUAUAAGAGCACAGAAAAAGUUGAAGCUUAAUUUUUUGCAGGUUUUAAGUAAAGACGAUGCAGAUGAAGCUACUUCUUACAGUGUCAAUUAUCUUGAAUCUCGUAUUCACCGUUCAUAUUCUUUAUUAUAGUUCAACUACAUGGAAUCCGACGUGGACCACUAGAGCUGCCGCGGAAGCAGAAACUGUAGCCUCUUUUUCAUGCUCAGGCCACGGCAGAGCUUUUGUGGAUGGUCUUGGUGUCCUUGAUGGCCAGAAACCUUCUUGUGAGUGCAACAAUUGCUACACAGGAAAAGAUUGCUCUGUUCUUCUCAAAGAUUGUCCUGUCGAUGCUAACUCAGGAGACCCUUUGUUCUUGGAGCCUUUCUGGAUGCGACAAGCAGAGAGCAGCGCGGUUUUGGUCUCGGGAUGGCACAGGAUGAGUUAUAUUUAUCAAGAUGGGACAUAUGUGUCUCGAGAGCUCGAGAAGGUCAUUAGGAAACUGCAUAGUGUUGUGGGAAACGCUGUUACAGAUAACAGAUUCGUAAUCUUUGGAUCUGGAACCACACAAUUGCUGGCAGCAGCUGUUCAUGUCCUGUCUUUGACAAACUCAUCAAUAUCAUCACCUGCAAGGCUUUUGACUUCUAUUCCAUACUACUCUAUGUACAAGGACCAAGCGGAGUUCUUUGAUUCAGCACAUCUCAAGUUUGAAGGAGAUGUGUCUGCGUGGAAGCAGAGCGGACGCAAUGAUAAUAUCACACAAGUUAUAGAGGUAGUAACAUCUCCGAAUAAUCCAGAUGGGAAAUUGAAAAGAGCGGUUUUAGAUGGUCCUAAUGUGAAAAUAGUGCAUGAUUAUGCUUAUUACUGGCCUUAUUUCACACCUAUUACACAUCCAGUUGAUGAAAAUUUGAGCUUGUUCAGUCUCUCAAAGGCUACAGGUCAUGCUGGCUCAAGAUUCGGGUGGGGAUUGGUAAAGGACAAAUCUAUUUAUGAAAAAAUGGACAGAUAUAUACGUUUAACUAGUAUGGGAGUUUCCAAAGAAACACAGCUUCAUGUUCUUCAGCUGCUCAAAGUAGUAGUUGGCGAUAGAGGCGAUGAUAUAUUCAAUUUUGGCUAUGGAACUCUGAAGAAAAGAUGGGAGAUACUGAACAAGAUCUUGUCCAUAUCCACGCGUUUCUCGCUCCAGGCUAUCAACCCUGAGUACUGCAACUAUUUCAAGAAAGUCAGAGAGUUUACUCCUUCUUAUGCAUGGGUGAAGUGUGAGAGACCAGAAGAUACAAACUGCUAUGAGAUUUUCAGAGCAGCGAAGAUAACGGGACGCAAUGGCAAUGUGUUUGGAUCAGAAGAAAGGUUUGUUCGAUUGAGUCUCAUCAGAUCACAAGAUGACUUUGAUCAGCUUAUUGAUAUGUUGAAGAAGUUAGUCUCCGAGGAAGCCGUAGGAGCUGACUCCAUCUGAACAACUUGAUGUAUUUAGUAUUUACUUAGGCCUCUUUAAUUAAGCCUAGCGUUAGGCCCAUUCUAUAAAACCUCAGUUUCUAUCAGAAUCUAUCAUUUCGGUUCGGUUUAGCAGACCCAUAAAUCUCCAUUCGUGAGAAAAGAAGGGCUAUUUAGAUUGGUAUUCUAGUUUUUUGGUAUCAAUAUUAAGUGAUUGGGAAGUCUAGUUGAAAUAAAAAAAUUUGUAAACGUAGUAAAUAAAUGUUUGCGCAGGUUUUUGUU